CUCGCGGCCUAGGCCGCUUCUCUCUAAACACGCGAGCUUCGGCGCCUGGAGGCGGAGUCCCCUUGGCUGACUUUGUGUUGGGGGCAUGUUCUCCGCCGCCCUCCUGAAGUGCCUGAGGCCGAAGCCGCUGCGUUUUUACAGCCCGCUUUGGGGGAUCAGUAAAGUGCAUGGUGUUCAUGUCCCUGUGCUUAAGUUACACACAACUAAUUCUACCAUGCAAUUCAGUCAGGAAGAUUUUGAGAAGGCCAAAGAACAAGUGAACCUUUUGCAGGAUGAGCCAAGCGAUGACAUCAAGUUGAAGCUUUAUGCAUUGUAUAAACAGGCUACUGUGGGCUCAUGUAAUAUUCCCAAACCAAGUAUGUUGGAUUUUGUCAACAAAGCCAAAUGGGAUGCUUGGAACUCACUUGGCAGUAUGACACAGGACAAUGCCAGACAGAGCUACAUUGAACUAGUAUCAAGUUUGGUUCCUGCAGAACCUUCUCCAGUUAAUGAAAUUCCACCUGGUAGCAAAUAUGAGACACUUGAGGUUACUACUAAAGACAAUAUCACAAAGAUCAUGUUAAACCGGCCAAAGAGGAAAAAUGCUAUCAGUGUCAAGAUGUACAAUGAAAUUAUGAAAGCGCUUGAGGAAGCCGCAAAUGAUGAUUCUACUAUAACAGUACUUACAGGUAAUGGAGACUAUUACUGUAGUGGAAAUGACCUGAGCAACUUUACCCAAAUUUCACCUGGUGGAAUGGAAGAGUCUGCAAAGAAUAGUGCAGAGCUGCUCAAAAAAUUCGUUCAACAUUUUAUUGAUUUUCCAAAGCCAUUAAUUGCUGUGGUAAAUGGGCCAGCUGUCGGGAUCUCUGUAACUCUGCUUGGACUUUUUGACAUCGUAUAUGCUACGGACCAAGCUACCUUUCAUACACCUUUUAGCAACCUGGGUCAAAGUCCAGAAGGAUGUUCUUCAUACACAUUCCCCAAAAUUAUGGGGUUAACUAAGGCCACUGAAAUGCUGCUUUUCAACAAGAAGCUAACUGCUGCAGAAGCCUGUUCUCAGGGGCUUGUGGCUGAGGUUUUUCCUGACAGUACAUUCCAAAAAGAAGUGUGGGCAAGGCUGAAGGCUUAUGCUAAUCUUCCUAAAAAGACUUUGGCAGUCUCCAAGCAGCUAAUACGAAACAUGGAGAAAGAGAAGCUAUACGAAGUUAAUUCUCAGGAAUGUGAAUGUCUCAUGGAAAGAUGGCUAUCUGAAGAAUGCAUGCAAGCUGUAAUGAGCUUCAUGCAGAAGAAAUCAAAGCUCUAGUCUCGAGCCAAUCGCGCAAAAUAAAUUGCUGUAAGUUGUUUCUCUUCCUUUACUACAAAAAUUGUCAUUAAAUGAAUACCUUGGAUACAUAUCCAGAUGGUCCCUUCAUUCUGGCUAGAGCUUAGCUUUCUUUGUCUUUUAGAAUGUUGUAGUCUGACAUGAAUUUAUGAUGCCAAAAGCACUGGAGAUGCCUGUUUGGCCCAUUAGGCGGGAAAGCACUCACUGCUUUGCAUGCAGAGCGGAUUUCUUUGAAUGUGACGAUGGCUGAUUGUCUUCCACAAGGGACGAGGGAUUCAAUGUCACCAAAAGUUGCAAGUUCUUGAAUAGCUGAUUGGUGGUCAAAUUGAAAUGACGUGGUCUUUGGUAUCCAUCUAUUGUGGAGAAAGCAAAACAAAAACAAAAUAAUGGCACUACUAAAGAAAAAAAUAUAUAUCAAAUAUCUGUUUUCAAAUGCAUACAAUAAGGAUUAAUACUUUACAACUUCAUUAUACUCUGAUGUAUUUUGUAGAGUUUUUAACGACCAUAAAUAUGCCAUUGAAUACAGUUUUUU